AUGAUGGUUUUAAGGCAUCGAAAAGUAAAUAGUCAUGAAUUGGAUGUUAAUAAUCAUGAUUGUGUGAAUUUGUCUGUGGCUGAAUACCAAAUUAUCGAAGCUCCAGACUGGGAUAAUGGUAAUGCUUAUGAUAUGAAGAGAGAUUUGGGAAAAACGAUGACUCGAAGAUUAUUCCAUUGGGGUCCACUGGCAGUGAUUUGCAUAACAUUAACUAUUGGAACUGCUACAACAUAUGUGCAUUUGCAGUGGUGGCCUUUAACAACAAUAACUUCAUUCUUGCAUCUCUCACUUUUCCUACUAUUCAAUUAUCUAACUCUAAUUAAUCUUAGCAGAUCAUCAUUCUUUGGUCCAGGAUAUGCUCCAUAUAAUUGGAAACCACCGAGAAAGGAGGAUGAAGAUCGAUUACAAUAUUGCCGCAUAUGUGAUGGCUUUAAGAUGCCUCGUUCUCAUCACUGCUCAAAAUGUGGUCGCUGCGUUUGUAAAAUGGAUCAUCAUUGCCCAUGGAUAAAUAACUGUGUUGGAUAUCGAAAUCAUGCACUAUUUGUACGUUUUCUUGCCUCAGCAAUAUUUGGUUGCAUUCAUGCUGCUAUAAUUCUAUCUUUUGCUUUAUAUCGCUUUUUAUUUCGGGUGUGGUAUUACAAUUAUGGUGGUAGCAAUGAAAUGAUUAUUUUAUCAUUAUAUUCAUUUAUUUUUGUUAUAUUUGCAUUUGGUCUUACAUUAGGUGUCAUAAUUUCAGUCGGUUUUUUAUUAGGUAUACAGAUUCGAGGUAUAAUUCGGAAUCGUACUGGUAUUGAAGAUUAUAUCGUUGAUAAAGCAAACGCACGUGAACGAAAUGCUGCAUUUAUCUAUCCGUACGAUUUGGGUUGGCGACGUAAUAUUUCUGAUGUGUUAUUAACAUGGGAUGGUAUGCCAAAAGGAAAUGGAAUUUGGUGGCCUGUUAUACAUCCAACUACACAGUUUACACUUUCGGAAGAGCAGUUGUUGCAAAAGAAAUACAAACGAGAUAAUGCUCAUAAAGUUGAAAUUAUACGGGAAUUCCCGGGUGGUUAUUGUACAUCUUUUAAAUUUGGUAUUUCUGUUUGGUUUUGUCAACCAUGGUCAGACGAAAUACGACAAAUGGUUAGGAUUGGCGAAAUUUGGAUGGUAACUCGAGUCCGUAAACAUUGGUUUUAUGGUGCUUUACUGGAUGGGCAGAAAGCUACGGAACAGGAAAAAGAAAAAAUUAUAAUUAGAGGAUGGUUUCCGCGAGUAUGCGCUCGAAGAUUAUGA